ACGACUUCCUCUGAAAUAGUCAGCUUCUUCAAAUAACAGCCCGCCAUGGCGGCAAGGAAACUGCAAACCGAAAUCGACCGAACGUUGAAAAAAGUUUCGGAAGGCGUUGAGUAUUUCGAGGCCGUGUAUGAGAAGAUGCAAGCCUCGACAAAUCAGACGCAGAAAGAGAAACUCGAACUAGAUCUCAAGACUCAAAUCAAGAAGCUUCAGCGGCUACGAGACCAAAUUAAGACGUGGUUGGCCAGUAACGACAUCAAAGACAAGUCGCAGCUCCUGGAAAAUCGAAAGUUGAUUGAGACCCAAAUGGAGAAAUUCAAAGCAUGCGAAAAGGAAAUGAAGACCAAAGCAUUCUCGAAGGAGGGCCUUAUUGCAGCCGCUAGACUAGAUCCGAAAGAGCAAGAGAAGGAGGAGGAGGUCUCCUGGCUACAGACGAAGGUCGAAGAACUACAGAUGCAGGUGGAACAAGCUGAGGCGGAGAUAGAGUCCUUACAGGGGACUGGGAAGAAGCGGAAUAAGGCAGGCUCAUCGGCACGUUUAGACGAGUUAGAGCAUCUGAACGAAAGACGGAAGUGGCACAUCAGCAGGCUAGAGAUCAUCCUCCGGCUGCUCAAUAACGGGUCAUUACCCCCGGAGAAGGUGGCAGACCUACAUGAAGACGUGUCAUAUUUUGUAGAAAGCAACACGGAAGAAGACUUCGACGAGGACGAAGGCAUAUAUGAUGAACUCAAUUUGGACGAGGAGGAGGAGAUGUUCCGCGGUCCUGUACAUGAAACAGAUGAUAGUGACGAGUCUGACGCUGCCAGUGAGGUGGACCUACCACCGCGAACUCCAAACAAGGUACAGAAACACGAUGAAGAGAGUCUCUCAAACCACAAGGCCCUCGACAGUCCGAUAUUAAAGAAGGCCACGAUAGCCUUGAGGAAAACCUCGGUGGAUGCGAAGUCGCCGGCCAUGACCCUAUCGAAACCCGUCCCUCCGCACUCUCCAGCGCCGCCACCUGCGCGACCUCCGAUACGAUAUGCUGCUGCCGCUGCCGCCGCUAUCGCUCCCUCGACACCUUCAUACAGUUCCCAGGCAACUCAUGCCACCACGAUUACAACAUCGCCACCGGCAUCUUCAAGUUCUGCGACUGCGGCGCAACCCGCCUCGAUCCCAGCGUCAGGAUCUCAAUCGAAUCUACAAGAACAGUUGUCCGUGGCUUCUUCUUCGCCCAGCUUAACACACCCCUCAGUCACAAGCCCGAUGCUUUCAUCUGCGGCAUCAGUUUCCCAGCAACCAGACGGCUCAUUUUACUCCAGCCAAGAAUCACCAGCAAUAUCGGAGGCAGUACUUAGUUCCAUCGGUGGACCUGCAGCAACAUCGUCUCCCAAACAAUCUCGGGGACAGCCGGCACAGAAAGACCCGGCAUCGCCUAAAGCACCUAACCAAUCCCCUACUGCUCAGUCUCAAUCGAUGGCGAACGGGAAUCAUCAACCAUCGCAGCCACCACCGCAACAGACGGCACUAGCAUCGGUGUCUGCUCAUACUGUAAACUCGGGUUCUGCGAUUUCUGCUCCUACACAACCCAAUGCACCUCAGUUCCCGCCCGGAGUUAAGGUUCCCAUUGGAGACUCUCAGGGUCAAUUGCUAGCAGCUCAACAGCAACAACAGCAGCAGUUGCUCACUGGCAAUCGACCAUCUUCGGCGGCACAGCAACCAAUACGCCCACAGCAAAUGCCUGGAUCGUUAUCCGAUCUUGUCGAUUCGUUUGAGAACGCCAAGCAGAAAGCAGCUGUACGGAUGCAGAACCUUGAUCAGGUUCACAAGAUGUUGGAAGGAGGAUAUGCAAACGUGCCUCAACCUCAAGAUACUGAGAAACCGAAGUACUACGUUCCGCGGCAUCCUUUCAACACACCUGCAUAUUAUCCUCAACAAACUCAUGCACUAUUGAGUACGCCAGCAAUCUUCUCCCAACUUGAUGUGGAGACACUAUUCUACAUCUUCUAUUACCUAUCGGGGACAUACCAGCAAUUUUUGGCGGCACGAGAACUGAAACGACAGUCCUGGCGAUUUCAUGUCAAAUAUCUCACAUGGUUCCAGCGUCACUCUGAACCCCAGGCAAUAACUGAGGAGUACGAGCAAGGUGUAUAUGUGUAUUUUGACUGGGAGGGCUCGUGGUGUCAGAGGAAGAAGAGUGAUUUCCGAUUCGAAUAUCGAUAUCUGUCGGAAGAUUGA